AUGCGUUUCUCUCCCACCGCUCUCGUCGCCUUGCUUCUGUCUCCUCUCGCCCUGGCCGCUCCUCCUUCACCUUUCCGUGAUACCUCACAGAUACCAUUAGACACUGAUGGGGACCUCAAAGUUCCCGGCGUCAACCCCCUGAUGUACUGCGCCGAUCCAGCGGAGAACCUUCUUACAAUCGAGAAGGUAGACCUCUCUCCGAACCCACCACUCCCUGGCCAACCUCUAGUUAUUAAAGCCUCCGGAGUCAUGGCCAAGGAAAUCGACAAGGGAGCUACCGUUCAGUUGCAGGUCACAUAUGGCUUCCUUCAGUUAAUAAACCAGGAGAUGGACUUGUGUGAUCAGACCGAGAAGGUUGGGCUAGAGUGUCCACUCGAGAAAGGCAAGAUGGUACUCAAGAAGAGCGUUGAUAUUCCUCCUCAGGUUCCUCCAGGCAAAUACAUCGUCCGAGCGGAUGUAAGGAGUGUCGAGGGGGAACCGAUUACCUGUCUUACAGCUACCGUCGUCUUUGAAAUCAAAGUGUAA